UAUGACUAAUGCUUGUGUUGUAAACACAGAGAUGAGUUCAGCUGGAGACGCUGCAGUGCGUGAAUAAAAAUGUGCAAUGCUUAGAUAGGGUUUGAGGAAUAUGUCCGAUUUUAAUGCUCUGUUUGAAAUUUUAAAGGCUUUCAAAAAGGCGGGCGCAGUUCUGUCAUGGAGAUGAAUGGUUACGACUGUGACAGUGAGGUCAAAGAUGAGGACGUGAUGGAGAUACAGCCGCUCCGCUCCAGAGCUGAAGUGCCUUCUAGCUUUGGUGCUACAGCGGACCUGGAACGCAGUUGUGCCGGGGGAAGCGCUCACCCAGAGCGGCGAGUGUCGAACUCGAGCUCGGGGAGACAGAGGCUUGACUCGCUGAAGAAAAACAGGCCACCUUUCCCAUGGUUUGGCAUGGAUAUAGGUGGUACUCUGGUAAAACUGGUUUACUUUGAGCCCAAAGACAUCACAGCAGAAGAAGAGCAGGAGGAGGUGGAAAGUCUGAAAAGUAUCCGCCAUUACCUCACUUCACACACAGCUUAUGGCAAAACAGGCAUUCGUGAUGUCCAUCUGGAGCUGCCGGACCUGACUCUGUGGGGGCGCAGGGGUAGCCUCCACUUCAUUCGCUUUCCCACACAAGAGCUUCCAGCUUUCUUACAGAUGGGCAGAGACAAGCAUUUCUCCAGCCUGCACACUACUCUCUGUGCCACUGGUGGUGGAGCGUACAAGUUUGAGGCUGAUUUCCGCACAAUGGCAAACCUGCAGCUUCUGAAGCUGGAUGAGUUGGACUGUCUGAUUAAGGGUGUCCUUUACAUUGACUCAGUGGUCUCAAGUGGGCCUUCUGAGUGUUACUACUAUGAGAACCCCACGGACACAGAGCACUGUGAACAGAGAGCCUACAAUUUGGAGAACCCUUACCCUCUGCUCCUGGUCAACAUCGGCUCCGGGGUCAGUAUACUGGCCGUCUACUCCAAAGACAACUACAAACGCGUCACUGGUACCAGUUUGGGUGGUGGUACUUUCCUUGGGCUCUGUUGCUUGCUCACUGGCUGCUCCACCUUUGAAGAGGCGCUGGAAAUGGCUUCGAGGGGGGAAAGCACUCGUGUGGAUAAACUGGUCAGAGAUAUUUAUGGGGGUGACUACGAGAGAUUUGGCUUACCAGGAUGGACUGUUGCUUCUAGUUUUGGGAGCAUGAUGUGUAAAGAAAAGCGAGAUUCCGUCUCAAAAGAGGAUUUGGCUAGAGCCACACUUGUCACCAUCACAAACAACAUAGGUUCAAUCACUCGCAUGUGUGCACUAAAUGAGAAAAUCGAGAGAGUGGUGUUUGUUGGGAACUUCUUGCGCGUGAACACAUUAUCCAUGAAGUUGCUGGCGUAUGCUUUGGACUACUGGAGUAAAGGACAGCUCAAAGCUCUGUUCCUCAGACAUGAGGGCUACUUUGGUGCUGUUGGAGCGCUGUUGGAACUGUCGAACUCGUCUUCAUCACUGCUAUCGCCUCAAGACCACUACUAAAAUUCUCAGUAGCUCUGGAGGUUCAUCAUGGACGCCUUCACCAUCUGGCUAUUAUCCGAUGGGAAGAAGUAAUACGUGUAUUAAUGGAUGUUAGUAGUUGUGUAUGUCAUCCCUUUGCUGUACUGUAGCUCUGGUCCCUAAAUAUUGACUCAGGUAAAACUUUAGCUUUUGUCCAAAUCUUUUGGAUCUGUACAGCGACCUCUAGGCCAUGAGCACGUACCAAGACUUCCAUGGUAGGCUUUUAGCAAAGGAUGGUUUUUACUUUCAAUUACAGUUAUUUUCAUUAUAGUGUUAAAGGCAUAACUCAUGACGUAUAAGGAUACACACACUUGUGAGCAUGGUCAGUGUAAUGUUUUUAAAGGUAUAACGCAAUUAAAUCUGCAUAAGAGAAAUGCAAUUCCUAUAUGUAGAGUCAAGAGACUAGGUCAGGCCAGUCAGUACUUUCUUUUUGUAUUAAUGAUCAUAAAUGAGGCACAUGCGUUCCAUAGGUUCAGAAAACCUUCAUUACUACUUUUUUACAAUCAUUUUCACACUUGUCUCAACACCAUGUCCACUUUUUCAAAACUCUUCACCCAGUGUGCUUUACAGCCAUGCACCUGAGCACAUCAGUUAACUUUUGGUGCAAAAUGCACUGAAACCACCAAAACACUUCAUACUUUAACCCAAAAGUGACUCGUGCUACUAUAACUAUGGCACAUGCUCUUUCCUAUAAGACUACUUUGUCCUUCAAAGUACAAUGAGGUGAAAAAACAAACAACUUGAAGCACUGCAAAAUGCACGUGUGUGUUGCUCUAUCCUGUGUUUUAAGUGUUGCGUUGCAAAAUAAAAGAAAAAAGUAUGACGCCUCUUAUAGUAAGUAUUGUCACACCACAUACAGUAAAUCUGAAAUUCAGCUAUGUGCAAUAUAAUCUAAAAGAAAGUCAAUUACUGAAAAUACAUUAUUCAAUACCAAAAAUGGCAAGCCUUCACUGUAUAUAGUCAUUUGCACACAUUGUCCAUCAAAAUGUCAGCAAAAAUUGUUAUACAGAACUUUGCUGGUGGUGAAUGUUGACUGAGAGAGGCAUUUAUGAAUUUUGGAAGAAGUUGUCACUGAAUACAUUUUGUAUGAAAGCAAUGCAAAAGUAUUCAGUUCAACUCACAUAGUAUAUAGAUAUGAGCAUGAAUGUGUCAAGUGUUUUGAAAAAAUGAGCAUGGUAUUGAGAAGUGUGAAAAUGAUUGUAAAAAUAAAUGUUAUAUACUUUUUUUACAACGUUAUGUACAUUUCAAGAAAUUGUUCAAUGUAUAGUUAGAGGGUUUCAGACGUAUUUUUGCUGUAAAUUUAUAAAUGGGGCGUGAAGACAAAGUGGCAGUUUUAAUUGUCUGACUUAUGUUCUUGUUUUACAAAGGAAAUGUCUUUAAUUUGGGGACUGUACACAGUUAAAAAAAAAUCAUGGACAAAAUAUGGUCCAUUAGCUUUCCACUUGUACUGUAAAUGUAGGUAGAUAUACUUUGCUUCAUGCAGGGCCUAUUUUUAUGCAUUUCUUAAAGCGUUGUGUGGUUUUUUUUUUGGUUUUUUUUUGUUUGUUUUUUUUAAUAAAUCAUAAUGGCUCUCUGGAAGUCUGGACCUUCAACCAUCUCGGGAUUAACCAAAGACAUGGAAGUUAGAGGGAUUGUGGUCCAACAGUUAUUGUGCUUUUAUCUCACAGUAAAACUGUAAGACAGUUAUUUUCUUCCCAAAGCUUUUUGGUCCAUUUAAAGGAACAGUCCACCGUACUUCCAUAAUGAAAUAUGCUCUUCUCUGAAUUGAGACG